AGUCUGGAUGGAUUUCGUUGCCGGGGCCAUCGGAGGUGGUCUGAGCACAGCAGUGGGUUACCCGCUGGACACAGUGAAGGUGAGGAUUCAGACCGAGGGGCAUUACAAGGGGAUUUGGCACUGCAUUCGGGAAACCUACAGGACAGAAAAGGUGUGGGGAUUUUACAAAGGUGUGUGUGCCUCAGCCCUUGCAGUGUCGUUGAUCUCCUCUGUUUCCUUCGGCACCUACAAAAACUCGCUGUGUGGCAUCUGCAAGCUGCGCUACGGAGCGGCCGAGGCGCGGCCGGCCAAGCUGGACGUGGCCCUGGCCGGAGCAGCUGCCGGGGCUCUGCGGGUUGUGUUGAUGACCCCUAGUGAAGUGGCCAAGGUUCGCUUGCAGACUCAGAGGAACCCACCUCCCUCCACGGCAUCUCCCCAGCCCGUUUCCAAGCCCAAGUACCGAGGCUCUCUGCACUGCCUGAAGGUGAUCGCCAAGGAGGAAGGUUUUGGGGGUCUCUACAAGGGCUGCUCUGCAUUGGUCUGCAGGGAUUGCUCCUCCUCUGCAAUCUAUUUCCUCACUUAUUCUGCUCUGUGUGACUGGCUCACACCAGCUGGGAAAAAUAAACCAGGUCUCCUGGUUGUGCUGCUUUCUGGUGGUUUUGCUGGAGUCCUGGCCUGGGGAUUAGCUACUCCCAUGGAUGUCCUCAAAUCAAGGAUGCAAAUAGAUGAAUCAGAGCAGCACAAGUACAAAGGCCUCAUCCACUGUGCUAGGGAGAGUGUGAGGAAGGAGGGUGCCAAAGUGCUUUUCAAAGGACUGGGUUUAAACUGCAUUCGUGCCUUUCCUGUGAACAUGGUCGUGUUUGUGACAUAUGAAGCUGUCCUGAGAUGUACAGACCAUUACACAGCCAAAAAAUAGCUUGUGCCAUUCUGGUCAGAGGUGCAUUUUCUUUAGCUUGUGUUUCUGCAGCACAGCAUCCCCUAACAACAGCCAAACACCCUCUCCUUUGAUGGACAGCGGCACAAGCACGGACAGCUCAGCACAAAGCUGGGUGACUGACAGCUG